ACCUCUUAUUUCCGAAGCGCUGGGCCUAAUUCUUUGAUGCAGUUUCCGCCCGAAAUCCGGGUGCAACGAAAUAUGCUUGAAAAAAUCACUUAAUACGUUGACAGGUCAUUACAACGAUGUCUACGUAUCAGACUAGAGUCGGACUAAGAUGUUGAAUUGCCUGUUGAUCCAUUUUGUCGCAUCUUUCACGCUUGGAUUAAUCACGCAGACACUGACAAAUGUGUAUACGGAUCAACACAGCAGUAUAUACAUAGUAUGGAGUAUAAAAAGCUGCUUGAUAUGAACACUAAGCAGUGCACUUACUCGAGAAAAACAGCGAACACCGGGAAUUUAAGAAUAACAUGUAAAUAUGCAAAGAACAGUACAUACACGUAUGUCAAAGCGGAAUGCUUUUGUGCUGAUACCAAGGCUACACUGGACCUGGAAUGUAACAAAAACCAGCGGACUCUUUGUUGCGACAAUGAAACAGCAUGUUUUAAUGGAGGUCAACUUAAAGAAGAGUCGGACUGUAGUACACCAGAACCUAUCAUCGAGUGUAAAUGUCCAACGGUACUGAACGGGACAGGUCGCUAUCAGGGGAACCGGUGUCAGAAUAUCUCUGUUAUUAGGCAGUGCAUCUUCCAGUCCAGUGCCAACGAAAGCUACAAGAGUUGUGAUGACGAGGAGACCAUUUACAGUCACUGCAUUCAUACUGUAAAUAACACGUCUUUUGAGUGUGGACCCGUCCACCGUACCACCGAUGGAAUGGUGUAUACGAAGUGUGAAAGGAGGAAUGUCAAUUCAACACCUAUGCCGAGAAAACUAGUACCGACGGGUGAUGGUUUGCUGAUUGGUGGUGUUCUAUCCGGAAUAGCACUUGUACUGAUAGUACUGGCAGUAACUGUGAUUAUAUUCUGUGUUAGAAGAUCCAGACGGAAUUAUACGAAUACAGAUUCCAAUGGUGCAUUAAUGGACCAGCUUGACCAAAGCCUACACCGGACCUAAAUUGAUAUCUAUUUAUGAGAAUAUUAAUUUAGUUUAAUAUGUUAUUAAUACUUUGAGUGGUGGGCAAUUUUAUCUGCAUAAAAUUACAAGGGAGUCUAGAUCUCAUUACACCAGUAACCAGAUCCCUCACUAGUAGGGGUCCAGCUUGCUUUACAUUAACUGCUACAGUUGUGUAAAUAAAGGGUCAGCUGGCAUCUGGGACACCAACUGUGAACAGGGCCACAUACAUUACAUAAAGCAGGCCUCACCCUGAUCAAAUAGCAGAUGACUAAAUUUGGUUAUAUGUAAUCUGUUUGACCAAUGGGAUGGACACUUCCCUGCUAGAGUGAACCCCCAUAGGGGAAACAGUCAGCAGACUGUUCCCCUCCUACAUGCUGGUCACUUCAGAAUUUUCUAGCAAAGCUUCAGCAGCAGGAUUUCUCUAACCUGAGAUUUCCCACCCGCCCACCCUCAAAUCAUCAUUCACCAUUAAAUCUAUUUAUGUGUAGUUUUAGUAUUUGUUAACUUGUAGUGUAUAGUGAUUAGUGUAGUAGGAGGACCAUAGUUUAAGUUUUAACUACAAAAAAUAAUGAUAUUGCUUAUUGUUAUUUUACUCUGUUAUAAUUAUGUAUUAUGCAAAUAAAUCAUGGUCUGAAGUUCACCCAAA